AUGGCCAGUGUACAGAAUGCUGUAGAGGGUGGCUUGCAGCCGACUGUCAAUCCAGCGAACACCACGACAUCGUCGGACCCUACAAGCUUCAGAGUGAAACAAGUCCAAAUUAGCGAUCUUCUGGCGCUGAGAGGGAUUCCUCCUCCCCCACCCCAUCCUAUCACUACUAUUCAACCGAACCGUCUAGAAGAAAUCAAAGCCGUCUUCCUUGCCACAUAUGCUCCUGCCAUUGACAAGUUCUUCGAGACGCGUUGGUUCCAGGAUACGGCUUUGACUCACCUUUUGGCCAAUGCCCAGCUUAUGGCCGAGUAUUCGGCGUUAAUCGAGGCUUUUAACGAUCAGAACCUCAGUGAUCCGAAUGUCAUCGCACGGCUAGAAAGCUUUGAAGCGUCCGUGGUUUGGAGUUCUAUGACAUUGUGUCGUCAUGUUAUGAAUGUAUCGAAUGGAAGUCAUGGCCAGGAUUAUGAUUUACUAGCCGCUUCGAAACGACUGGAUGUUAUUGAGUCCAUGAUUACAGGCGAACAUCUGGACUCGAAUCCCUUAUCCCAGUUUCCUCCCAGGGACCCGCCCACAAAUCCCCCCGGUCUCUCAGAUCAGUUAGCGCAACGAUCGCUGGAUUUUUGGUGCGCAAUUGGCCACUUUCUUACUCUUCAUGAUAACGAGGCUAGUUCAGCCAAAGAGAUUGACGAUACUCUUGGCCGUUGCCGCACGCUGUUGGAUACGUUUGAAAACCGUGAUGUGAUCUAUUCAAUUGCUAUCGCGCGUCAUCUCGGACAGCGCUGGGCAGAUUUUCCGCGCAGCUUCCCGCAGCCCAUCACAACGAACGAGAAGGAUGCCGGGGCUAAACUCUACGUUGCCCAAAAGUUUCUCGAACAGGAAGCGGGUGGGAAAGGCACCACACAAGUCAUCAAACGUAUUUGCGGCAUGGUGGUGCGUUCCUGGUUCGUAUCACGGGAGUAA